AUGCUGGCCUAUGAAAAUGCAGAUGACAGCAAAGAAGUUGUACAACACCUAAGCAAACAUAUUGAACUCAAGCAACUAAGUAAUGUUACUCACUACCUAGGCAUGCAACUUUACAGAGAAGAAGAUGGACAUUUCCUUAUUAACCAAGAACAAAAGAUUAAAGACUUUAUAUCCUUCAUGAACAUGGAAGAGGCAUACACAGUUGCUCCUCCUAUGGAAUCAAGCUAUAUAAAGGAUCUAGAUGACACUGAAAAGCUACCAACAGACAACAAGUAUCAUACUGCGAAAGUCAAGCUACUCUACAUUAGAACACUAAGAAGACCUGACAUAAGUGCUGCAGUGGGUCUACUAUGCAGAAAGUCUUUAGCACCAACCUUCAAAGACUGGAAUGUACUCAAGAGACUUAUUAGAUACCCGAAAGGUACAGCACAUUUCAAGCUCAAGUUACCAGCUAACAGCAAACCUGAACUAGUUGUGCUCACAGACGCUAACUAUGGAGAAGACUUGAAUACCAGAUUAUCUUCCCAAUGA